AUGAUACCAGCGUAUUCUGUAUCUGCGCUGCGGCUUGCGUUCGACGAGAUCUCCACAGUGUUGCCAGUCGCUAACCAGCUCGCCUCCCUAUUGAUACCAUUUUUAAUCAACCUAAUCAAUAAUUUAAACAACCUGUCAAAUAUUGUACAGAACUUAACACCCGCCUUACUGCCAUAUUUUGGUUGUACGUUACCGUUACUGUACGCCACGUUGACAGAUUUGACGUCUGUUUUAUUUUUGUAUAUCAGCGUUUUAAUAUCGCUGUUUAGGUCUAAUCUGUUAGCGGCACCUGGGCUGUUGUUGGGUCUUGUGUCCCAGGUGAAAUCCACAGAACAAUUCCAACAAAUCCAAGCUUAUCCAUUGAUUGCCAGCUACGCAAAUACAUAUGGAAGUCAACCUAUAGUACUGCAAGCUAAACCUUAUAACCAACAGUAUACGAUUCAAACACCACUACCACUAUAUCAGCCACCUGCUAAUCAAAUACAAGAUGCCUAUUUCAAUAAUUUUUUGUCAAACCCCGCGAUUCAAGCUUUCAUCGACCCUGGGACAAAGGUUUACAAUCAAAACGGUUUAGAAAUAUCCGAACAAAUUCGACCGCGGACACCGAAUGUCGUAAAUAAUUACUUCAUAGUUCCCACCGACUACCUUAACGAAACGAUAUUAGGAAAUCAAAGACAGAAUGAAAGAAAUUACAAUGGCCAAGCACCCAGAAGAAUUGCUGAUAGAGGUCGAACUAUCGAUACCAGACAAUUUAAUAAUAAUUACCCAGGAAGAAGACAAAAUAACAAUUUUGACCGGGGAAGUAUUAAGCAAAGCAGGGAAUAUCCAUGUAAGAAAAAUCAAAGGAAUCUUCAAGACAGUUGUUUUGUGAUCGAUGAUCAAAUUAAUUUAGAUGAACCCAAGAAUGUAGUUAAAAGACUAGAUGAUUCGGCGAUAUCCAAUAGCCCAUCACAAAAUACAGAUAAUUUCUCAGAAAAACCUUUUGGGAAAAAAGCUGAAAAUACGAAUAUAAAUCGGAAUAGAAAAGACAGUAAAAGUCGUAGUAGAAGUAAAAAACAGAAUCAACCAAAUAAGCCUAAAGAAGUAAAGCUAGAAGAUAAUACAGGUGAAUGUGAUGAUUCAUUUGAUAUAUGUGAUGAAUGCUGUGAGUUAGAAAAUAGAAAUAUUCGAAAUUCAAUCGACAAUCGACGUAAUAAAGCUUCUUCUAAGAAGGCAUCAAAAGCCCAAGAUUUAAUGAGCAAUUGGAUGAGCUACAUGAAAAUGUUUAUGCCCGAUCAAAACAUGGAAAACAUCGACUUUGAUAGCUUUAAUUUCCCUUAUAACUUUCAACAAAUGUAUCAAACGCCAACUAUGCAUUAUGGAAAUGAAAAAUCAACUUCAAAGAGAACAAAAAAACGAAAGCCAAAAGAAAUUAACAAUGAAGAAGUUGCUUCAAAACAAGCACCUAAACGGAAUCAAAAUCGAAAAAGUUCCGUUCAACCAUCACCAACGUUAAAAGAGCCAGCAGUACCAAUGAUAUCGCCGAUAGAAAGAGAAGAAGAUGAAUCUAAGUCCAAGCCAAAACUACAAGUAAAAAUAAGUGAUAAUAAGCCGAUAAGAGAAACUUAUUUCGAAGAAAUAGACUCUAAAAUAAUAAAAAGCAACGCAGAUGUUAGUUUAGAGGACGAGAUGCCCAUAUCGAGCCAUAAAAACGCUAUCGAUUACUAUCCAGACUUUACACAAGAUGCAGUUUACGCAACGGACGAAGACGAUUUAUAUUUUUUCCAUAACAGACAUUACUACACCGGUGAUCAAGAAGGUAAUCGCGAAAAAAGAAAAGAUUAUAGGGCAAGUGAAAAUCGUAAACAGUCUGAUAGAAGAAUGAAUGACAUACCGUCAUCGCAUAAAGAUACGAAAGACAAAUUUCGCACACCACCAGGCUUAAGUGAACCAGGGUUCCAGACUCGGAAAGUGAACAAAAAUGAAAGAGAAGACUUUUACACCUAUUACGUGGACGACGUCGAUAAUACUGAAAAGGACAUUAAAACAGAUAACGGUGAUAACAAUGUAGAAACGGUUUACGCUCGUUCCAAAGUCGUUAAAUACGGUCAACAGAGAGAUUUAAAUGAAAAACCAGCAGCGAAAGAACAGGAUUAUAGGAAUGAAAAGAAUCGUGGCAAUUCAUAUGCUAAAGAUGGCGACACAACUGUCGUCUUUUCAAAACCUUGGAAUUAA